UGCCGGUCAAGUUAUUAACCAAAGAGAAAAUCGAUGAAGAGAAAUCGAAAAUUGUAGAUACGCCCGUAUGAUACUGAGCGCGAGAUAUGCUUUCACAAUCGAUGUAUCUGUUGGAAACCUCAACAGGAAAUACGUUUAUUGUUCGGUUUAUUUACCGCAUGAUGAACCAUCCCCUACGGAUGCUUUCAAACAAGUCAUCGCAUACUGCACUUCAAAUAAUGCUCACCAUAUAAUCUGGGGCAGCUCAGACAUCAAUUCGAGAGGAUCCAGUUUGAAGGAAAACUUGAGUAGUACAGAUCUUGGAUUACUUAACAUAGGCAACCGCCCAACGUUCACGGUAUCUGCUAGAGAGGAAGUGUUAGACAUAACGCUUUGCUCUAGCAGAGUUAGUUACGAGCUGACCAAUUGGCAUGUGUCAGAUGAAGAAUCUUUAUCUGACCAUCGCUACAUCUUUUCUGAACAUGUGAAUGUUACUUCGCAAACAUUGCGUUUCAGGAACCCCCGGUCAACCAACUGAGAUCUCUUUACCGAUUUGGUUGCAGCCAAAUUUCAUGAAUACUCACCAUCCAUUGAUACUCCAAGUGAUUUAGAUGAUGGAUGCCGUUGAUACUACAACGGCCUUCAUCAUGGAAGCUUUUGAAGAAGCUUGCCCUCUGCGGUCUGUGAAGACCACAAGAGGAACCCCUUGGUGGAACACUGAUCUGGCGAAACUCAGGAAACAAUGUAGAAAGAGUUGGAACAGGUGACGUUUGGCUGGUUCGGAGGCUUUCAGGUCGGCUCGCAAGGCCUACCAGAAAGCUCUUCGGUCUGCUGAACGAUCCGGCUGGAAAAACCUUUGUACAAAUGUUUCCAGUCUGAGUGAAGCCAGUCGAUUGAACAAAAUCCUUGCAAAAUCUAAGGAUUUUCAAGUGAACGAACUUCGUUUGCCAAAUGGUGAUUUCACUUCCUCUGAUGAGGAAGUUUUAGAAUGUUUAUUCAGUACACACUUCCCCGGAUGUGUGGAUAUUACAUCUUCGGAUGAACCUGAUGUCUUUUCUUGUAGUUAUGAUUCUUUAGCUUCGGCUCGGAGUAUCAUAACUUUAGAAUCGAUUGAAUGGGCACUUAAUAGCUUUGCUCCUUUCAAAUCUCCUGGGGCAGAUGGGAUUUAUCCUAUUUUGCUUCAGAAGGGAUUUGAUCAUUUCAAACAUGUUUUGAAACAACUACUUGUUUGCAGUUUUGCUACAGGGUAUAUUCCCAAAUCCUGGCGGGAUAUUACUGUGAAGUUUAUUCCGAAAGUGGGUCGAGCGUCGUAUGAAGAAGCAAAGAGCUUCAGACCUAUCAGUUUGACCUCUUUUCUUCUGAAAUGCUUAGAACGCAUAGUCGAUCAUCACAUCCGUGAUGUUCAUCUGGCCAAUGUGCCUCUCCAUGUGAACCAACAUGCUUACCAAUCUGGAAAGUCCACUGUGACUCUUUUACACAAAGUUAUUUACGAUAUCGAGAAGGCAUUCGCUCAAAAGCAAUCCUGCUUGGGUGUUUUCUUACAUAUCGAGGGUGCCUUUGACAACGUGCCUUUCGAUGCCAUAUUGGAAGCCGCACGGGGUCAUGGUACAUCUCCAAUGAUUUCCAAUUGGAUUCACCAAAUGCUCAAAAACCGACAUCUCUUCUCGACAUUGCGUCAAGCGGCGAUUAGGAAAUUGAGUGUUUGUGGAUGCCCCCAAGGGGGAGUCUUAUCACCACUUUUAUGGAAUCUCGUAGCAGAUACGCUAUUGAGGCAACUCAAUAAUAGCGGUUUUCCUACUUAUGGUUUUGCCGACGGUUACCUAACAUUGUUAGUCGGUAUGUGCAUCAGCACCCUUUUCGACCUGAAGCAAAACGCUCUUCAGGUAGUUGAGGGUUGGUGUCGCCAAUAUGGCCUUUCGGUGAAUCCGAGUAAAACAUCUAUUGUUCUUUUCACGGAAAAGCGCAACCGUAAUGGUGUUCGAACUUUACGUCUCUUUGAUUCUGAAAUCAAUGUGACUGAACAGGUAAAGUACGUUGGAGUCAUUCUUGAUUCCAAGCUUUCCUGGACACCUCAUGUUGAGUUCAGAAUCAAGAAAGCUUGUAUGGCCUUCGGGCAAUGCCGGCGAACCUUUGGUACAACUUGGGGUCUAAAACCCAAGUAUAUCAAAUGGAUCUACACAACUGUUGUUCGGCCAAUAUUGGCCUAUGGAUGCCUUGUGUGGUGGCAAAAGGGCGAAGUGAGAACGGUCCAAUCAAAGUUAGGCCAUCUCCAAAGGAUGUGCUUAAUGGCGAUGUCUGGAGCGUUCUCUUCAACUCCCACGGCAGCUCUCGAAGUUCUCUUUGACGUUGCCCCACUACACAUUCAUCUCAAACAAGAAGCACUUUCUUGCACUUACCGCCUAUGGGUACUCGGUUUACUAGAGGAAACUCCUGUGAACCGCAGUUCAACACACACCUCGUUGUUUCCACUUUUGGUGAAUUGGGACAAAGUUGUCCUUGCUCCAAGUGAUCUUACAAUUGCUUGUAAUUUUCCAUAUAGGACAUUUUCCACGAAAUUCCCUUCCCGGGAAGAGUGGACAUCUGGUUAUCUGGAGAGACGUAUUUCAGACGGCAUCGUAUGUUACACUGAUGGCUCCCUUCUCGAAGGUCGAGCAGGUGCUGGUGUUUAUUCUCGUGAGCUAAGGCUGUAUCAGUCUUAUUCACUUGGCAGACACUGCACCGUUUUUCAGGCCGAAAUCUUUGCUCUUAUGUGCGGAGUGCAAUCAGCACUUCAGCAGCACGUAAUGGGCAAAGUAAUAUACUUCUGUUCAGAUAGCCAGGUUGCUAUUAAAGCACUUGCUUCGGCCAACUCCAGGUCGAAGAUAGUUAUCGCUUGUCGAACUCAAAUUGAGGAGCUGAAUUCAGCAAACGCUGUUCACCUUGUAUGGGUACCUGGCCAUUCUUCCAUCACUGGAAAUGAAUUGGCUGAUGAGUUAGCUCGCACUGGAGCAUCACAUGACUUCAUUGGCCCUGAGCCAGCUAUUCUAGUAUCCAAGUGUUGGGUGAAGCUUCGGAUUGACACCUGGGCUGCCACUCAGCACAAACAAUACUGGAAUAGUUUGGCGUCAUGUCGUCAAACAAAAUUGUAUUGUACUGAGCCAUCUCUUGGGGUGGCAAAGUAUCUAACAAAUCUGUCAAAGCAGAAUUGCAGCAUGCUGGUCAAAGCAUUGACUGGCCACUGCCGACUCAGUUAUCACAUGGCGAAUAUUCAGCAAGCUGAUUCAUUUGCAUGUGAUAGCUGUGAAUCCGAUUAUGGAACUUCGUAUCAUUUAAUAUGUAACUGUCCAGUUUUUGCGCAAUUGCGUUUCCGAGUACUCGGGAAACACUUAUUAAGUGAAACUGACUUCAGAAACCUGAAUCUUCAGGACGUUCUGUUGUUCUUCACCCGCUGUGGUAAAGAGCUAUAGGCUCUCUUUACGCUUUAUGCAUUAUCACAGUGCCCUUUUCAGGGCGCUGUUCGAACCCAUUGUGGCACGCUUAUGCGUUAUUACGGUGUCCUUUUCAGGACGCUAUAUGUCGAAAAU